GUUGCUCCGAUCAUGGCCAAAGCAUUUUUCCGCAGCGAGGAAAUGGAGCUGUGCCAGCUGCUGCUGCACACGGAGAACGCCUUCGACUGUCUCAUGGAGCUGGGCCACCAUGGGGGACUGCAGUUGAACAAUGUCUACGACGAGGAUCGCCAGCUGAACGGACUGUACGGCAAGAAGGUGUCGCUGUGCCAAGAGCUGCUACGCAUUGCGGACAGUCUGCAGCAGCAGAUGCUGGAGCUGGACAUCAAGGUGUGCUUCUAUCCGGAUGUGGACUGGGAGAAUCGGCUGCUGGAGCGUGACCUCGCGGAGUACGGCGAGCGGCUGCGGCGACUGCAUGUGGAGACCUCUGCCGUGAUGGAGCAUUACAAUGCCUUGGAUCGGCGCAAGUGUCGCAUGGUUGAGCAUCGGUUUGCCCUGCACAAGGCGGACAAGUACUUUGCCUCGGAUAUGGGCAGCGAGCUGCUCUACUCGGAGAGCACGCUCAUGACCCUGAUCAAGGAUGCGGCCGAGGAGAGUCCCGCGCAUCGGCAGCUCAACUACAUCAUUGGCACCAUUCGGGCGGAUAAGUUUGAGAGCUUCGAGCUGCUGUGCUAUCGCCUGUUUGGCUUCAAUCUGGUGGUGCGCUUCGCGGAGCUGCCGCUGCCCAUGAUGGACUUCCAUGCCCUCAAGACGGAGAAGGUGCGCAAGUUCUCGCUGCUGUUGCUCACCAAUUCGACAAUGAUCUGGCCCAAGGUGAACAAACUCUGCCACGCCUAUCAUGUGUCUAUCUACGAGUGCCCCGAAUCCGCGACGCAGCGCAUGGCUCUCGUCGAGGAGCUGAGCGCGGAGAUCGAGCACAUGGAGCGCAUCCUGCAGGAGUCGGAGCGCAUACACAUACAGAUCCUGGAGGUGACAGCGCGGGAUUUGUUUUUGCUGCGCGUGAACCUCAGCAAGGCCGUGCGGGUCUACGAUCUGCUGAACCGCCUGCGACCAGUCGGGGGGCUGGAGCAUCAGAAGUAUCUGCAGGCCGAGUGCUUUGUGCCCGUCUCCGAACUGGAGGGUGUGCGCGCGGCAUUGAAGAAGGGCACGCGGAUCAAGGGCGGCGCGGAUAGGCGGGAGCAAGAGCAGCAAACGGACAAGCAGCAGAGGAAACGGAGGGCAGAGGCGGACGCUGAUGAUGAUGAUGAGCCCAAUCUGGAACCCCCGCGACAGCGCACCGAUGAGCAGUCGCUGCCGCCGCUGCUGCUGCGCAAGAAUCGCCAAUCCAGCCACAUUCCACCCACGUACUUUCGGCUGAAUAAGUUCACGCAGGGCUUUCAGAAUCUCAUCGACUCGUACGGCAUCUCGGACUACAGGGAGCUCAAUCCUGCACCCUACACAAUCAUCACGUUUCCCUUUCUGUUUGCGGUGAUGUUCGGGGACUUUGGCCAUGGCAUUUUGGUGUCCCUGUUCGCCCUGCUGCUCAUCUGGCAGGAGAGGAAAAUUGCCGCAAGUCAGCGUGCCGCCAAGGAGGAGAAUGAGAUCCUGAACAUCCUCUUUGCCGGUCGCUACAUUGUCCUGCUGAUGGGCUUGUUCUCCAUCUACAUGGGUCUCAUCUACAACGAUGUGCUGUCCAAGUCGUUUAACAUUUUCGGCUCCAGUUGGAGCUGCCGCUACAACGCCUCAACGCUGGACCACAUGUCCGGGCAGCUGAAUUUUGAUCCAUCGAGUGCAUACUUCUACUCGGGCAAUCCCUAUCCCCUGGGCGUCGAUCCGGUGUGGAAGGUGUGCGGCGAGGACUCGAUCACCACCUUCAACUCGCUGAAAAUGAAGCUGGCGAUUAUUUUGGGCAUUGCCCAGAUGAUGUUCGGCCUCUCGCUCUCGGCUGUCAAUUGCAUUAUCCUGAAGCGAAAUGCCGAUCUGCUGCUGGUGGUGGUGCCGCAGUUCGUCUUCAUGAUUUGCCUCUUUUGCUACCUGGUUUUCCUCAUUUUCCUCAAGUGGCUGCUGUACGGGGGCCUGAAGUCAUCGCCCUACAACACGGCCUGCGCGCCCUCCGUGCUGAUCACCUUCAUCGACAUGAUGCUGAUGAAGAACACCGAACUGGACGAUGAUCAGUGCGAGAAGGCGAUGUUCAAGGGUGAACGUAUGGUGGAGUACAUCCUCGUGUUUGUUGCCUUUCUGGCGGUGCCCGUUCUGCUGGCCGGCAAGCCCAUCUAUCUGCAGCGCAGGCAGAAGAAACUGAAGCGGCAGCGGCAGCAGCAGCAGCAGCAGCGUGACCUCAAGGAGCUGCAGCAGCAUGGCCGAGCGACGCUCAAGGAGAUGCGCUCCGCUCAGCGCUACUCCAUCGAAUCGCAGGAGGAUGCCGUGAACGAGCGGCGCAGCUCCAAACCAAAGACGCACAGUGCCGAUCAUGCGGAGGAGUUUGAUCUCUCCGAGAUCUGGAUACACUCGGGCAUACACACCAUUGAGACGGUGCUCGGUUCUGUCUCCCACACCGCCUCCUAUCUGCGCCUGUGGGCGCUCUCCCUGGCCCACGAUCAGCUCUCCCAUGUGCUGUGGCACAUGGUCCUCUCCAAGGGUCUGAAAACCAAUGCCCCGCUCUAUGUCUCCGUGCCCGUGCUGGCCGGCUCCUUCCUGGCCUGGGCUGUGCUCACGCUGGCCAUCCUGGUGGGCAUGGAGGGCCUCUCCGCCUUUCUGCACACGCUCCGCCUGCACUGGGUGGAGUUUCAGUCCAAGUUCUACAGCGGCGCCGGCGAACCCUUUCGUCCGUUCAAGUUUGCGCCCUCCAGCCAAAGGAGUUAGCUCUUCGUUUUGCUUCUAAAUAAA